AGUAACUACUUUCUCAACGCUUAGGGAGCCAGAUGGAAUGCCUCUACUGGUAGGCACAAAUCGCACAGAACCACAUUGCCUGCUUGUUCCCAAGUUACCGCUGGUAUCAAACAGGCCACCAUAAAUAUUAAGUGCAAUAAAUGCCGUACGCUGUGGAGACCCUCUUAAUCUGCUUUUUAAUCGUGGAUUUCAUACGUGGAAGUCGCUCGCUAUUGUUUGCCUGAAAUGGCAUCCAACGACCCUUGCGGCGAUCAAGCCUCUCAGUCUAGGGACACGAUAGACUGUACCAGUACCACUGAGGCCAAUGCGCGACAAAGAGGCCGAGAAGACUCUCUUGGCCAGAAUAGAUCAUCGGGUUCAGUGAUCGUCCAGGUCCCUACAAUGACGGGGACGCAAUCGGAAGCACCAUCACCUUCGUCGAAUGCACAUUCCCCGCAGUUACCCUCGCUGAGCCCAGAUACGGCUGACCGGGUCUUCCCUAUCAGGUCAGUGAUUUCAGUGAAUCCUAGACCGUCUUGGUUGCAAUCACCUCCUUCUGAGGAUGUGACAGAUGAACCUUCAUCUUCCGUGAAUGUUACGCGAAGGUCAUCUAUUGUUGGCAGUAUAUCAAAUACGUCUAUACUACCUAUCCAAAGUCGUCCAGCAGAUGCUGAAAAAGAUCCCCGCCAUCACGACGAGCUUUUGCUUCCAGGUGAAACAGACUCGAAAACCGACUUUCUCUCACCGCACAAGGCGACACUGCAACCAGUUGGGGAAGAUGUUGGCUCCGGGCGCAUUUCUACUGACGGCAUUUCGAUGGCCUCUAGUACCGACGGUGGCGUGCGCCUGGAUGGCCAGGAUAUACCUCGCAGCACUGGCACUGAGGAAGAAACGCCUUAUCUCUUCACAACGCGCUUCAAACACGUCAUGACCGAAGAUGGACAUGCAAUAAUAACGGGAAGAGAUGGGGACGAACUUCAACGUUGCGAAGACGAACCGAUCCACAUUCCAGGCGCGGUUCAGAGCUUUGGCGUCUUGAUUGCGUUGCAUGAAGAGACGGAAGGCAAGCUGGUAGUUAGGGUCGUGAGCGAGAAUUCGAAACAUAUAUUGGGAUAUUCUCCAAAAGAACUAUUUGCACUGGAAAGCUUUGGCGACAUCUUGUCAGAGGAGCAGGAGGAUAAUCUUUUGGAUCAUGUGGAUUUCGUUAGAGACGAGGGAUGUGAUCCAAAGAUACAGGGCCCAGAAGUUUUCAUACUGUCUAUCAAGCAACCGGACGGAGAGGAGAGAAAAUUCUGGUGCGCCAUCCACAUGAACGAUGUCAACAAAGAUUAUAUAAUAUGUGAGUUCGAGCUGGAAGAUGACCAGAUCAAUCCACUAAAUGUGGAUGGAGAGACAACGCCGAAUAAGCCACUCGAUACGCUAGGGACUACUCCAACUGCUGAUGAACUAGCUCAAAGUACCGUCAGCGCCAAUCUUCCCUUGCGAAUGCUGCGCAGUGCAAGGAGCAAAAGGGGAGAGGCAGCAGCGAUGAAAGUUUUCAAUAUGUUAUCUCAAGUCCAGGAACAGCUUGCUAAUGCUCCGACACUGGAUGCUCUCCUUAACGUCCUUGUGGGCAUCGUGAAGGAGCUGACGGGAUUCCAUCGAGUCAUGGUCUACCAGUUCGACAGCAGCUGGAAUGGGUUGGUUGUCUCAGAGAUAGUCGACCCGAGAGCUUCUAAAGAUCUAUACAAGGGACUGCGUUUCCCUGCAUCGGAUAUCCCCAAACAGGCGCGCGAUCUUUACAGAAUUAACAAGGUCCGUCUACUGUAUGAUCGCGAUCAGGAGACUGCUCGACUAGUUUGUCGAUCUGUGAAGGACUUGGAGGAGCCUAUUGAUAUGACAUACACUUAUCUACGCGCAAUGUCUCCCAUACAUGUGAAGUACCUGGCCAAUAUGGGUACUCGAUCGUCAAUGUCCAUCAGUAUAAAUGCAUUCGACGAACUAUGGGGCCUCAUCUCAUGUCAUUCCUAUGGCACAUCAGGCAUGAGGGUGUCUUUUCCACUCAGAAAGAUGUGUCGGCUGAUCGGUGAUACGACGUCGAGAAAUAUCGAACGGUUAUCAUAUGCCUCUCGUCUUCAAGCGCGAAAACUUAUCAAUACAGUUCCCACUGAAACAAACCCUUCCGGGUACAUCGUCGCCUCAUCGGAUGAUCUUCUGAAACUUUUCGAUGCAGAUUACGGUGCUCUUUCCAUUCGUGAUGAGACGAAAAUUUUAGGUCGGGUUGCUCAGGCCCAAGAAGUCUUGGUCUUGCUGGAAUAUUUGCGGAUGCGCCGAAUCAGUUCAGUUUUAGCUUCUCACGAUAUCACCAAAGACUUCGAGGAUCUAAACUAUCCACCAGGCUUGAAAAGUAUAUCUGGCCUACUCUAUGUCCCACUGUCUUCUGGGGGCAGUGACUUUAUCGUCUUCUUCAGGCGCGGACAGUUAACAGAAGUCAAGUGGGCCGGGAAUCCUUACGAAAAAAGGUACAAAGAAGGAACAGCCGCGUAUCUCGAGCCUCGCGCGAGUUUCAAAACGUGGAAGGAAACUAUCAUGACACGUUCACGCGAGUGGAGCGAAGCAGACGUUGAGACUGCGGCUGUUCUUUGCCUUGUUUAUGGGAAGUUUAUCGAAGUCUGGCGACAGAAAGAAGCUGUGAUGCAAAGCACACAACUAACCAAAUUACUCCUGGCCAAUUCAGCUCACGAGGUGAGAACACCGCUUAAUGCAAUCGUCAACUACCUGGAAAUCGCCUUGGAAGGCUCUUUAGACGGCGAAAUCCGGGAGAACCUAGCGAAAUCGCACUCGGCAUCCAAAUCACUUAUUUACGUGAUCAAUGACCUGUUAGACUUGACAAAUACCGAAAAUGGACAGAAUCUGAUCAAAGACGAGGUUUUCGACCUCCACACCACGCUAAAAGAAGCUGCCGAGAUGUUUGAAGGAGAAGCUAAGAGAAAGAACAUUGCCUACAAUGUUAUUGAGUAUCCCGGAGCCCCGAAAUCUGUCCUGGGCGAUCAGCGGCGUGUCCGGCAGGUGAUAACCAACAUUAUUUCGAAUGCCAUGCAGCAUACGUCAUCAGGGGCCAUUACUGUUGAGAGUUGGCCUUCGCCCAGCCAGCAAGAGCCGGACCAUAUGGAUGUCGAAUUGGCAGUCAGUGACACAGGUUCUGGGAUGUCCCAGGAUAUGUUGGAAAAUCUCUUUCGAGAGUUAGAGCAGGUCUCCAGUGAGCACGAUCCGAUCUACUAUGAACAUUACAACAUCCGAGAGUCAGGCGAGAGCUCAGACGAGGAACAGAAACCUGUUCUUGGUCUGGGAUUGGCACUAGUUGCUCGCAUCGUUCGCAACAUGCAGGGCCAGCUAAGCGUCAAGUCCGAAGAAGGGAAGGGCAGUCGUUUCAAGAUCCAAUUAAGAUUCCCACUACCUGCCGAUGAAGAAAAGCCUGCGACUCGUCAAACGUUGCUUCAAGCUGAGGAACGUGAUGUACCGCAGACACCGCCGCCAAUCGAAGGGGAAUUUCUGCUUAUUAACAGAAAUUCCCAGAGUCGCAGUGGAUCGAGGCGGCGAAAUAGUAACUCCAGCAGUCUCAGUGGUAAUAGCGCUCGGAGCGGAAAGAGUGAUGUUGACCGACUUAUCAGCGCCAUGCAGGAUGGGCCUUUCUCCCAGAAACCAGCGCAUGAGAAUCUUCACGCUCGGAGAAACCGCAGGAAUGGAGCUCCCGAUGGCGGGGAUAGCCCGUCAAUCAUAUCAGGCACCGAUCAAACCACUAGGGUGCCAUUUGGCAGUCCUCUAGCUACGCAAGGAAAUAGAAUAUCUCCAAUUUCUAGCCCAACCGUCCCCUCACGAACGGUGAUGCCGCUAGGUUCUCCUCGUUUACCGGGCCAGGAAUCGGUAACUGACUCGGGCGUUCCAUUGAGUGCCUUGCGCGUCCAAGAAGACAAUACGUCCCAAUCAUCUUCGACGGGACCAACCUCGUCAAUAGAUGGUUCUAAAUCACCGAAGCCAACAAAGGGCCUAGAGAUUCCUCGCGAAAAAGAUGUUAGUGUAUCUCCAAGAUUAAACCCUUCCGGGGUGGAGUCUGGUCUGCGCGUACUUGUUGCGGAAGACGACCCGAUCAAUAGCAAGAUCAUACAGAAGAGAUUGGAGAAAGCUGGCCAUACUGUUCAUUUGACUGUCAACGGGGAAGAGUGCGCCAUUGCCCAUCGUGAGAGAUCGAGUUCCUUCGAUGCUGUGUUGAUGGAUAUUCAGAUGCCCAUUGUGGACGGCGUGAAUUCUACAAAAAUGAUCCGCGAAUUCGAAAGCAAAGCAUCCGGUACCUUAUUAUCUGCCGUAGCUCGUUACAAUGGGAGGAUUCCGAUCUUUGCUGUAUCGGCGUCUUUGGUCGAGAAAGAUCGCCAAAUAUACAUCGACUCUGGCUUCGAUGGAUGGAUACUCAAGCCUAUUGAUUUCAAACGCAUCAAUAGUCUUCUUGAUGGAGUGCUGAAGGACAAAGUGCGAAAUUCUUGCCUCUAUGAACCUGGGCUAUGGGAAAAAGGCGGCUGGUUCAUGAAACGUCACUGAUCGCAAUCUCCCGCCUAGCACGCAGCCCUCUUUUCUCCGGAAAUACAUAUCCGUGGGAAAGUACCAUUGUUCUCAUUAGCUCUUUUCACAUCACGGACGAAAAAUGCAUCAUAUGGCGUUUAUCUACUGAUGGCAGAUAUCUGCGUUUACUGUUAGUCUAUUCUGGUCUACUAAUACCUCUACUAACAGUUAGUCGUCCUUGUACGGGCUUGAAAUGACUAUAAAUACCGUUCAUAUCUUACUAUCAAUUUGUUUAUUUUUUCUGGGGUAUAUUGGGUCUAUAGCGACGAGUCCACUUUUUGCGCUGUGCUUUGGUUGGGUCAUCCGCCCUCAUAGCGGCAACAUUCUCAUCUAAAGGUGGCCAAUACAUGAGCGACAACUG